GAAGUUUAGCACGGAGUCUUUAACUUAUUCCACUGAUUCACUGAGCUGAAGUAGACUCACUUCAAUCUUUCUCUUUCACCGGCUUCCCCCCUCUCCUCUACACUACACUGUACUCUCACCCCUUUACUGGAAUCAAGAUCAACAUAGGCCAUCCACUUUGAUUCUCGAUGAAUUCUUCAUUUGGAUCCCAGAAAUCCGAACCAGAAUCAAAUAUUGUAACACUCAAUGUUGGUGGUGAGCUCUUCCAAACCACCCAAAAAACCCUAGCUCUAGCUGGUCCCAAUUCCUUCCUUUCCACCAUUUCUUCUUCUUCCAAUUCAAUUUCAGAUGUACCCUUUAUCGAUCGGGACCCUGAAUUGUUCUCUGUCUUUCUCUCUUUCCUAAGAACUGGCAAUUUCCCCUCAAAAUCCACAAAUUUUGAUCUUGAAACCCUAAUUUCCGAAUCUCAAUUCUACGGAGUUGAGCCCCUUUUAAUCGAUUCUCUCUCCAACCCAUCUCAAUUUAACCCAUUAAAUCUUGAGAAAUCGUUGCUUCUUCCCUUAAAUGGAAGAGAUACGACUUCUGCUAUCUCCACGACGACGUUUGGCUCUGUUCAUGUUGCUCAUGGUAGCAAGAUCACUUCUUUUGACUGGUCUUUGACUAGAAAGUCAACGAUAUUGACCCAAUUUGUUGCCAUUGAUUCUUUACUGGCGGUCUCUCCUGAUGUGGCGGCUGCUGGUGCCACUGAUUUUUCUGGGUUGCAAAUAAUUGAUCUUGAAAAGGGUUAUGUAAAGGAGAAUUUGAAUUGGGAGAAUUCGACCAGGUCUAGUUCAACGGUUCAGGCUAUUGGUUCAUCUAAUGAGCACUUGUUUACUAGUUUCGAAUCGGGUCGGAGGAACUCGAAUGCGAUUGUGGUUUAUGAUCUCUUAGGUGAUUUUAGGCCAGUUUUCGAGAUUUCUCGAAACGAAAUGUAUGGUGCAGAGUUUAAUAGUUCUCUUAUCCCAGCUACAAAAUUGAGCUGGGUUUCAAGUUAUAAUUUGUUAAUGGCAUCUGGUUCUCACAGUGGACCAACAGGUGUAUUAGGUAGCAUAAAAUUAUGGGAUGUUAGAUCUGGAAAUGCAGUUUGGGAGAUGAAAGAGGAAGUAGAUUGCUUUGCUGAUGUCGCGGUUUCGAGUUCUUUGUCAUGUAUGUUCAAAGUUGGUAUCAAUUCAGGUGAAGUUUUCUUCUUAGAUUUGAGAAAUCUUAGCCCCGAAAGUGAAUGGGUGUGUUUAGGGAAUAAAACGAAGUUGAUUAAUGCAAAAAAAGAGGGUUUGGGUUGUAAAGUUGAAUGCCAUGGGAGUAAUGUUUUUGUUAGUAAAGGAGGUGAUAUAGAGUUGUGGUCUGAAGUAUUGGUUAAUUCUUCGUUAAAUGGUGAAAAUAGGUCGGGUGAUAGAGUUUUUAAGAGGAGUUUGAUGGGAAGAGUUGAGGAUAUGGGAAGUAACAAAGUUACCAACUUGAGAUUUGGUGGAAAUAAGAUGUUUGUCACAAGAAAGGAUCAACAGCCUAUUGAAGUUUGGCAAAAGAAUGAAGGAUGAUCAAAGAUUUGGUAAUUCUUGAUUUUUAGUUGAAUGUAGCAUUAGCUCUUUGUUUGUUUUUCAUUGUAAAUUGCAUGUUGUACUCCGGAUUUAGUUAUUCUUAAUGAUAACCGUGUUUUGUGUUGGAA